AUGACAAGACUAUCCAGUAUCGCCGCGGGCGCUGCGCUCACCUCAGCUGUCGCCGCCCUAAACCUCAACGUAAAUGAUCCGGCAUCCAUCAAAGAUAUCGCGGCCCAAGUCGCGAAGGGUCUUUACAUCUACCAUGACCCUAGCUCAACGGCAGGCCAAUUCAAACAGCCGCAACCUUGGUUCUGGUGGGAAUCCGGCUCGGCCUGGAAUGCCCUGAUGGACUACACCAUGUACACCGGCGACACAACAUAUAAAGCCGACCUUCUCUCCUCCUUAGCCAAGAACGUCGGCUCCAACUACGACUUUGCGCCGGCAGAGCAGGCAAACUGGGAGGCAAAUGACGACCAGGUCUAUUGGGUGUACAAUGCGCUUAGUGCGAUGGACUGUGCCAAUUCUUGGCUUGCUAUCGGCACGAAUGCCUUUAACGACUUCGUGACGCGGUGGAAUAAGGACAGCGCCACUUGCGGGGGUGGGUUGAAGUGGCAGUACAUCGAGACGACGAGUGGAUACUAUUACAAGAAUACCGUAUCCAAUGGCGGCUUCUUCCAGACUGCCGCCCGGCUCGCUCGGUAUACCGGGAACCAGACAUUCGGUGAUUGGGCCACCAAGGUUUGGGACUGGUCUACUAGCGUGGGCUUCGUCAGUGCUGACUUCCAUGUUUUCGAUGGAGCUGGCGACAAUCAAGGCGCAAACUGUUCCGCGAUCAACAAAGAUGAAUGGUCUUAUAAUAUCGCGUCCUACCUUCACGGCGCGGCGCACAUGUAUGCAUUCACCAACGAUUCGGCUUGGGAGACGAGAGUUCAGGGUCUGCUUAAAGCGGCACAGAGCACCUUUUUCGGACCCAACUCUAACGCCACCAACGUGAUGUACGAGCAUAACUGCGAGCUAAGCUCGGGCUGCAAUAUCGAUCAGACAAGCUUCAAGGCCAGUCUGUCGCGUUGGCUCGGUAAGACAGCAGUGCUGGUCCCUAGCGUGAAGGCGACCAUCGAGCCUUUGCUUCAGGCAUCCGCUUCCGGGGCCGCGUUGAGCUGCAGUGGCUACGAUAACUCGACUUGUGGUGUUCAAUGGUACACGGGGACUUUCGAUGGCCAAUCGGACUUAGGUGUUGAACUGAGCGCGCUUGAAGCCAUCCAGAGUCUACUGGCGGCGAGUGCACCCAACAUGCAAGUAUAUGUCCAAAGCGUGUUCUCCUGUCCUUCCCAAAGUCCAGGUUAUCACUUGGGUACCUAG